CAUUGCAUGUUUGACAGGGGAGUAAUUUACACUCUUUAACUGUUACCUUUCCAACUUAAAAACAGACACAGAACAUUGGAAGGCUUAAGCGGAGAAAUUCUAUCGAAAUCGGCAAAGCACAGCCGCAACAAUUCUCAGGUAUUCGUCGACCCAUCUACUCCGGCCACCACCGCCAACAUAUCCCCUGCUUCGGCCGUCCAAAAGUGGUUCUCCAACAUCCUCAAACCCUCCAAUCCCACACCACCACCACCUCCCUCCUCCGACCCACCUAAACCCAUCAUCACCGAUCAAAAUCCACCGUCCCCAACACUCCCACCUCGCCAAUCAACCCAUCGCAGGUCCCGCUUCCAGAACGACCCCAAUGCAGCUCAGCCACUGGGGAUCCUAGUUCCAGUCCCCCAAUCCAAACGAACCUUCAAAACCACAGCCGCCGCCGCGGCGCCACCCCUCUUGGACCAACAGUUGCUCUCGCCGCCCAAGAUUCUCAUCGAAUCGGCUCACCGGAGAUCGAUUUCGUCAUCGACGUGUUCGUUUCAGCCGAAUAAACCCUUAUCGCCGCCGAGGACCUCAGUCGAGUCAGCUCACCGGAAGUCCGUUUCGAUUGACAAGAUUUCAGUGAAGCCCAGUUCAAAUGGGAAGGUAUCCAAUGUGGUUGAUGGGUUUGGUGGUCAAGAUCUUAAUGGGUUUUUGAAAGAACAGAGGAUCAAAAUUGGGAAGAUUCUGAAUGGAGGGCUCAAUGCGAAGGCCAAGAUUGUGCUCUCGGGACCUUCAAACAGUACAAGUUCAAUGGCGGCGGCAAUUUGCUAUGCAUGGCUGUUGGAGAAUAGAAUGAGGAUGAAUAAGGAGAGAGUUGAGGGUGAUGGGAGUGUGGUGGUGAUUCCCGUGAUGAAUUUGAGGAGAGGGAAAAUGUGGAAGCAGCGACAGGCUGCUUGGCUUUUUCACCAUGUCGGGGUUGAUGCUACUGCACUGCUCUUCUCUGAUGAGGUGGAUUUGGAAACACUAAUGAUGGCUAAGCAGUUAAGCAUCCUCAUCGUGGGGCAAGAUAUCCUCAGAACCAAUGGCGAGGUUGGAUCUCAGUGCACUGUACUUACUGACAACUACUGUGAAGACUCCUAUGACCAACUUCAAACUCCUCUCCUGAAAAAACUUCUGCUUGCAGGUAUUCUAUUAGACACACAAAAUCUAGAUGCAUCUGCUAAACUUUCUAUGGCUAGAGAUGCAGAGGCAGUACUUUUGCUAACAGUUGGCUGUAUACCAAAUUACCGAAAUGCUCUCUAUGAUGAAUUGAUGCAAGAUCAAAGAGAUGCUUCCUUCAUAGAAGCUUUGGAGCACAACUAUGGGAAGCCUCCUAAUGAAAGUAUCCAUGGGAGCAAAGCACCAGUAGAGCACAGGAUUUCGGAGAGGAAGUCUCCCCAUGAUGCCAUCAGAGAAAAUUCAGAUAAGCAUUCUAAUAAUGUGAAAAGUGCAAAACCUAACACCAUAUCACUGAAGUCAGCUAAAGAUAAACCAGUUCCCGCACAAGCACCUGCAGCACCACCACCAAAAACAACUGAUGCUUCUCGUGGGAAAAACAAGUUCUCAUUGGCAAAGUGGUUUGGCUUCGGAAAAUGAUCAAAAAGGAAUUUUUGCAUACUAUUGAGUGUAUCAGUAGAUGUGGCUGAUGUUUUAGGAAAGAUGUUUUAGGAAAGAAACAGUCAUGGUUUGCAAUCCUAUUCUAUUAUUAUUUUUCUCUCAAAUAAUAAUGCUGAGAGUAGAAUUAGCCACCAUAGUUGACAUAAACUUAUGUAUGUGUAUGGCUUUGUUGAUCUUGUUUCUAUUCUAUUAAACGAAGUCCCAUCCGUUGCAAAACGGAAAGAGUAUCAGAAUUGUUUCUAUGGUAGGAUUUCUCAGUUUUUCUACCCGCAGAAACCAGCUCCACCAUGUGUGUGUUUGUGUGAGAGGGAUUCCCCAGAAAUGAUAUGGUUAAUUUUUGUGUAUAA